AUGGCUGCAGCCGAUAUUCAGCAAGAAUGGUCUUCGAGAGAUUUGAUGCAUCGGGACAACAAGCACAAUGAUAUCGGUAACCCCAAACCUUCUACUUCAGCAUCAUCAUCAUCAUCAUCAUCAUCAUCAUCAUCAUCAUCAUCACCAUCCCUACUACCUGCUUUGCCCGUCGAAGUCAAGCUGGAAUCGAAGGCUCAGGAUGCCGCAGUGCCAGAUGUCGCAGACGUCGAGGCCAAGAUCGAGGAUCUCGGCAUCCAUUCCCCACCACCGUCCACCACGGUUUCCGACCACAGUACCUCUCAAUCUUCUUCAGGGGUCACUUAUCCUUCACCGCCUCCACCACCCCCAUUGAUGCACCAGACCGCCAAACCCACAUCCGAUCCGUGCCAGUCCAGUUCUGCGGUCCAAUCUGGGAUCUUUACAGACUACCACCACCCACUGGCGAAUGCCCCAACGAUCAGAGGGGCAGACAUACCCUCGCCAAUGCUGUUGCAGACACACCCGCUGGAUUCCAAAACCGGACACCCGACAAGUACGGGUGUGAGACCGAUGAGUAUGAUGGAACCUUCGAGCCCGAAUAUGAUGCAGUACCCACAGCAGCCCUGGAUAACGAACGGCCAUGGAUCACCUAGGCAUGGUCCACUCCUAACACCGACUACGUCCUCGCCUGCGCUCAUGCCUCAUCAAACGGGAUUCUAUAGCGGGUCGUCAAAUUCGCUACCGUUGCCCGGAACAUUGACGCCGCAAUCGCGAAAGGGCUCGGUUGCGAGCUUGGGUGGUCCUCCUACAGCCAGGGCGUCGCCUGGUUUCCGCGGCGCGCCGUUAGGACAGACGUCCGAUACGGAGUCGGUCCUGAAGCAGUUCGAUGUGUAUUUCGGAAAGGUCUACCUCCGAGGACAGUUGCAGAAGAAGAGCGAACUUGGUGUUGAGGGAUUUAAGCUGCAGGGACAGCAGUGGGCAGCCUAUACUGCGGAACUUGUGGGGCCCAAACUGAGACUGAGACCGAUGGAUGGUUCCAGUGGACCGAAGGGAGAGCCCGAGGAGAUGAAUAUGGAGGAGGCAACAGUCGAGAUGCAGGAUGGACCAACCGGAGGAACGUUUACUAUCAAUUGGUUAGGUGCCAACAAGUCGGUCUUCCAGCCCGUUCAGCAGCUCAGCUUGGGAUCGCCGGAGGCCGGGUCUACCUGCCAGGAUUGGGUGUGUGCGAUUCGGCUCAGUUGUUAUGAAUGCUCGAGGCUGCAGGAGAUCUAUACGUCGACCUUAUUGAGACGACCCAAGUUCAGAGACCAGGUCGCAGCUACGAUCGAGGGACACAUCAAGGCCGAGGGGUUCCUGCGGGUCAGGUUCUGGGCGGGAGACGAUUGGCAGCGUUUGUAUGUCGUGGUCUCGGACCAGCGUGGGGAGGAAGUCAAGAAGAAGAAGCAGAACAAGGUCCUCCAGGCGGCACCGGUCCGUGGACAGAUCCAUUUCUAUGAGAACCCAAAGUCAAAGAAGCCAUUCGUGUCGAUGUACAAUGUCAGUCAGGCCUAUGCGGUGUGUCCGUCGCGAUCGUCGAUUAAUGCGUCGAAGGAUAACAAGGUCGACGAAGAGGGAUCGUUGACGCUCAAGUUGGAAGGAGAUGUGGUCCUGCAGCGUGAGAAUCUGAUACCUUCGAAGAAGGGGUUCUUCAGCAGCCCUUCGCCUCCCUCCGCGCUCGCACGGGAUCUUCAGACGUUGAUGCCGACGGGUCGGGCGAACUUUGUGAUGCUCCAAGUCGCGAAUGAGGUGGAGCGGACACAGUUCUUGUUGGGAACUAGCGAGGCAUUUAGGAUUUACGGCAAGCCCGGCCCAUUGCUCUUUGAUUCACCUACGGACCCUGCGGCUAUGAACUUUGGAUGCAUGGCCUCUUCGCUCCUUCAACAGGAGCUCUUGAUCGGGCUCGAUGCUGUACUGCACCUCCCCCAGAAGGGCGAGUCCCUGGCGGAUGUCAAAUUCGCGUUCGGCGAGGUCCUUCGGAAGCGUCUCGUCGCCGAAAACCCUCCGCCGAUGGUGAACCAAAGACGGUUCUCGACCUACAAUGCAAGGCGACACAGCACUAUGCCCUACGGCGCCGAGAACUUGGGAUCACCGUCUCCGAUAAUGGCCAUGGCCAUGCGCUCGCGCGCGUACUCCGGAUCCGGAUACCUCGUCCCACAACCCUCACCCAGUCUGCAUCCUCUGCAUAUGUCUCCUUGGACAGCCGCAUCGCAUUCGCCACAACUCGGUCCUUAUGGUUCGAAUUCUCCAAGGCAAGGACCAAUCUUUGCAUCGCCCUAUAAUCAGCAUCUUUAUCGCCCCCCGUACGCGGCUUCGAAUACUAGUACGGACGAUAACGACGCGAACUUGGUCACUGACGAAGAGGGUGAGGAUGACGAAUACCCCGAUACGCCCGAAGAAGAAGACGGUAUGAUCACACCCUUUCGAUCUCGUGCGGGUUCCUUAAUGGUCUCCUCUGGACCUGGUUACGGUAGCCAGGUCCGGAAAGGUAGUGUUGGCGCGUUGAGCAUGCAGAGCAUACAGAGCGGUCGUGCAGGACGGAGCGCGAGCUUCACAAGCGCUUAUGGUGUUCAGAUCAUCACACCCUCGCCCGAGCAGCUGCGCCCUCCACAUCCCCAGAGGAGGAAAACAAUGGAAAAGGCUGUGUUGGAUUUGCCGUCACUGAAUUCGUUCUCGGAAGAUUUUGUGAUUAAGGAGGAGGCGGAUAAGGAUACGCAGAAGAGGUUGACGGCGGUGGUGUAUCCGACCCAGAUUGUGAUCCCUAAGGGCAAGAAGCGGAGGGAUUCUGCAGUCACCGGUAGUAGUGAGAGCGCUGAGCCGAAGAGUGCGAUCUCGUUGGCGUCUCCUUCUGUGCAGGUUCCAGUUCCAGCAACGGCAGCAGCGGAGGCAGUGGCCACGGAUGAAACGCCUAGUUCGACGAUUAUGGUCGAGGAGACCGCGAUGGUGAAGGAGUCAGUUCAGGUUGCUGUAGUUGCCGAGAACAAGUAA